CGAGCAGGCAGCCAGCAGACCGUUCUCUAUGAGGAGCAGUAGAAGAUGCCGGCUCUGCCAGCGCUGCUGCUGUCGAUACACUUCUCCUCCUUCCUGCUAGUUACCAUGGCACCACGCUCCGGAAGCCAGGCCGCCCUGCUCUCCUCCGUCCGGAUGGCUGCGAUCCUGGAUGACCAGUCAGUGUGUGGGCGUGGGGAGCGGCUGGCUCUGGCCCUGGCCAGGGAGAACAUCAACAGUGUGAUGGAGGGAGGGGCCAGAGCCCGUGUGGAGGUGGACAUAUUCGAACUGCAGAGGGACUCCCAGUAUGAGACCACUGACACCAUGUGCCAGAUUCUACCUAAAGGAGUGGUGUCUGUGAUAGGCCCUGCCAACAGCCCUGCUUCUGGCUCUACUGUCAGUCAUAUAUGCGGAGAGAAGGAGAUCCCACAUGUAAAGAUAGGUCCAGAGGAGACUCCCAGGUUGCCCUACCUGCGUUUUGCCUCGGUCAGUCUGUACCCUAGCAACGAGGACAUGAGCCUGGCCGUGGCAGCCAUCCUGCGAUCCUUCAGCUACCCCUCAGCCAGCCUGGUCUGCUCCAAGGCCGAGUGCCUUCUGCGAUUGGAGGAGCUAGUGCGGCGCUUCCUGAUCUCCAGGGAGACGCUGUCAAUCAGGAUGCUGGAUGACAGCCUGGAUCCCACCCCUCUGCUGAAGGAGAUACGAGACGACAAGGUGGCCACCAUCAUCAUCGACGCCAACGCCUCCAUCUCCUACCUCAUCCUCAAAAAGGCAUCAGAGUUGGGGAUGACAUCAGCGUUUUACAAGUACAUCCUCACCACCAUGGACUUCCCCCUGCUGAGGCUGGAUGACAUAGUCGAUGACCAGUCCAACAUCAUAGGGUUCUCCAUGUUCAACACCACCCAUCCGUUCUACCUGGAGUUCAUCAGGAGUCUCAACCUGUCCUGGAGGGAGGGCUGUGAUCUCAUCUACCCCGGGCCUGCGUUGUCGUCAGCGUUGAUGUUUGACGCGGUGCACGUUGUGGUGGGGGCGGUGAGGGAGCUCAACAGGAGUCAGGAGAUUGGAGUCAAACCUCUCAGCUGCACCUCUCCUCAGAUCUGGCAACACGGCACCAGCCUCAUGAACUACCUACGCAUGGUGGAGUAUGACGGUCUGACAGGCCAUGUGGAGUUCAACAGUAAAGGACAGAGGACCAACUACACCCUGCGGAUUCUGGAGAAACACCGCAGGGGUCACAGAGAGAUUGGUAUCUGGUACUCCAACAACACACUGGCUAUGAACGCCACCAGUCUGGACAUCAACGUCUCGGAGACACUGGCCAACAAGACCCUCAUCGUCACCACCAUACUGGUGAGGUCAAACUCUUUAUCGUAA